AUGUCCACCCCACGAAUCCACCGCGUCACGCUGUUCAAGCUGCCGGACCCCGAGGCGCAGCAGAAGCUACUGGAUGCCUACGAGACACUGGGGAGGAAGCAGUCCAAGGACGGCAAGCCAUACCUCCUCUACCUCUGCGCCGGGGCGUCGACCAACGCGGACCUGCGGGCGCAGGGGUACACGGUGGCGGCGCAGACCGAGUUCGCGAGCGAGGAGGACGUGCUCUUCUACGACGAGCAGUGCGCGGCGCACGGGGAGCUCAAGCGGACGGCGACGGCGCUGGGGCUGGCGGGCAAGCCGCUGACCAUGUCGUUUAGCGGGUCGCCCAUGAUAUCGUGA